AUGUCUCGUAUCCUCCGUCCUGCUACUCGCCUCGCCGCGGCCUCCAAGGCUGCUUCGACGCUUCAGACCAAGCUUGCUACUCCCACCAUUGCUCAGUCUGCUCGCGCCCUCGCUGCCCGUCCCGUCUACUUUGGCGCCAAUCACACCCGCUCUUACGCUGACGGCAAGGGCGUCAAGGAGUACACUGUCCGUGAUGCCUUGAACGAAGCUCUGGCCGAAGAGCUCGAGCUCAACCCCAAGGUCUUCAUCCUUGGUGAGGAAGUUGCUCAGUACAACGGUGCUUACAAGGUCACCAAGGGCCUCCUGGACCGCUUCGGCGAGAAGAGAGUCAUUGAUACCCCCAUCACCGAGUCUGGUUUCUGUGGUCUUGCUGUUGGUGCUGCCCUCAGUGGCCUUCACCCUGUCUGCGAGUUCAUGACCUUCAACUUCGCCAUGCAGGCCAUCGAUCAGAUCGUCAACUCCGCCGCCAAGACCCUUUACAUGUCCGGUGGUAUCCAGCCCUGCAACAUUACCUUCCGUGGCCCUAACGGUUUCGCCGCUGGUGUCGGUGCCCAGCACUCCCAGGACUACUCUGCCUGGUACGGCAGCAUUCCCGGCCUCAAGGUCGUCAGCCCCUGGUCUGCUGAGGAUGCCAAGGGUCUCCUCAAGGCCGCUAUCCGCGACCCCAACCCCGUCGUCGUCCUCGAGAACGAGCUGAUGUACGGCCAGCACUUCCCCAUGUCUGAGGCUGCCCAGAAGGACGACUUCGUCAUCCCCUUCGGCAAGGCCAAGAUUGAGCGCUCUGGCAAGGACCUGACCAUCGUCACACUCUCUCGCUGCGUCGGCCAGUCCCUUACUGCUGCCGAGAACCUCAAGCAGAAGUACGGUGUUGACGUUGAGGUUAUUAACCUGCGUUCCAUCAAGCCCCUCGAUCUCGACACCAUUGUUGCCUCCGUCAAGAAGACCGGUCGUCUCCUGUCCGUCGAGUCUGGCUUCCCCGCUUUCGGUGUCGGUUCCGAGAUCCUCGCCCUCACCAUGGAGUACGCCUUCGACUACCUCCACGGCCCUGCCCAGCGUGUCACCGGCGCUGAGGUUCCUACCCCUUACGCCCAGAAGCUUGAGGAGAUGAGCUUCCCUACCGAGCAGCUCAUUGAGGACUGGGCCGUCAAGAUGCUCCGCCUGUAA